GUCUGGUUAUUUUCACGGCGUUUGUGACCGCUGUAGACCGCUCCGGCGGUACGGCGUGCUUUUACGGUGUUGUGUCGUUGGUAAGCUUGCGACGCAAAUUUAACCACCAUGAUUUGUCUACGAAGCCUCGGAAAUGCAUUCGCGCAGAUGACCCUCCACGCAGCCAAGCCGUCUCGGAGUCUUUCCUUUUGUGCCACCACUGCAUGGCAGGCAAGCCUGCCAACUCCUUACACUAGGCAGUCGUCAAACUCUCCUGCUGCCACGACGCUCCAAACCCAGCCAAGCCUUCCGACCAUACAGCCUGUGCGUCACAAGUUCUUCGUCAGGUUCAAGGGCAACCCCCACCACGACGGCCUCAUUUACGACCCCAUCCUGGAAAAGGUUCACGCCGGAGGCAUUCCGCCGCCCAAGAAGAAGAGACGCCAUCCACUGGACAGCAAACCCUUCAUGAAGGGCGUUGUGAUCAAGACACUUAUAAAGAAGCCGAAGAAACCCAACUCGGCCAACCGCAAAUGCGUGCUCGUGCGGCUCUCCAACGGCAAGGAGGCGACAGCCUACGUGCCUGGCGUGGGACACAACCUGCAGGAACACAGCGUCGUCCUGGUCUACAGGUCUCGGACGAAGGACGUUCCGGGUCUCAAGCUUAAGGUGGUGCGUGGGAAGUACGAUUGCGCUCAUGUGAUCAGGAAACCACAGUCCGGAUCGUGAGGAAACUACCUCUGCCACUGCCGUCAUUGAAGCUUUCGUCGUGACAUUGUCACACGAGCAGUUUCGGUGAUCGCUGAACAGCAUUGCCGUUGAACUUCUUGAAGGCUGUUUGUGCUUAUUGCGUUAUUAUGGCACAUUUGACUGACUGCUUUAGAGCGCUGUCACAGUAAUGCGAAAAUUUUGUAAAACAUUUUUAAAUAUGGCUUACGCAAUAGGUGGGCCUAGUACUAAUGACAUGAGUUCAUCAUCAUAAUCACAGCCAUUUUGUGCUCUCAGCAAGGCUUUGUUGUUUGCUUACAUGACUUUUGUAGUGCUGUUGAGGCUUACAACGACAGAAAGCUGAGCUAGU